AUGGCCCUGUCUGCUGAUCUCCCUCCAGGCUGUUCUGAGCACCAGCAAUCCUAUGAAGGCAGGGACCAGGAAGGUGUAGGAUUCAAGCUGCAGGAAGCUGCAAAGGGCCACCAAGGGCCCCCACCAGCUCUGAGAGUCAAAGAUCUGGAGUCUAUGAAGCGUAGCCAGACUGAAGCAUAUUUGUCCUUCCCAGGACAGACAAGCUGUUUCACACAUGCUGUUUCUCAGGCCUGGAAAUGCCUUUCUUUACCCCUAACUGCUCAUCCUUUGAGGAUCAACUCAGAUAGCACGUCCUCCAGGAAACCCUCUGCACUGACUGUGUCUCUGCUCUCCUAUCAUGCUGUGAGCUCCUCAGUGGCCACGGUCUUGUGA